GCCGCCGCGCCGCAGUCCGCCGCCGCCCGGGGACGGGAAACCUCGGCGGCCGAGCCUCGCUGCCGCUCCGAGCGCUCCGGCGGCCGCCGCCGCUCUCCCGCGUCCUCCGGGCAGGCUCUACGGAUCCAGCCGAGCCGCGCGCUCCCCGCCAGGGACGGCCGUGACCUCCGCAGGAGCGGCGGGGCGGGGCGGGGGGCCGGGAGAAGAUGGCGACGCCGGGGAGCGAACCCCAACCUUUCGCCCCUGCGCUCUCCUUGGCGACCCUGCACCCACACCACCACCCACACCACCACCACCACCACCACCUCCACCACGGCGGGGCCGGAGCCGGCGGCGGCGCGGGCAGCGGCGGCAGCGGGGGCUUCAACCUGCCCCUGAACCGGGGCCUGGAGCGCGCGCUGGAGGAGGCGGCCAACUCCGGGGGGCUGAACCUGAGCGCCCGGAAACUGAAGGAAUUCCCCAGGAACGCUGCCCCAGGGCACGACCUCUCGGACACGGUGCAGGCCGAUUUGUCUAAAAACAGACUGGUUGAAGUUCCAAUAGAAUUGUGCCAUUUUGUAUCACUGGAAAUUCUUAAUCUGUAUCAUAAUUGUAUCAGAGUCAUUCCUGAAGCUAUCAUUAAUCUUCAGAUGCUGACCUACUUAAACUUGAGUCGAAAUCAGCUGUCUGCCCUGCCUGCCUGCCUGUGCGGUCUGCCUCUCAAAGUCUUAAUUGCAAGUAACAACAAGCUCGGAUCGCUACCCGAAGAGAUAGGUCAGCUCAAACAGUUAAUGGAGUUGGAUGUCAGCUGCAACGAGAUCACCGUGCUGCCCCAGCAGAUAGGCCAGCUGAAGUCUCUCCGAGAACUGAAUGUCAGAAGAAACUACCUGAAAGUUUUACCACCAGAAUUAGUAGAUCUUCCCUUGGUAAAGUUUGACUUUUCCUGCAACAAAGUGCUUGCGAUCCCAAUCUGUUUUAGAGAGAUGAAGAAGCUGCAGGUGCUACUACUUGAGAAUAACCCGCUGCAGUCUCCUCCAGCCCAGAUUUGCACAAAGGGCAAAGUUCACAUAUUUAAGUAUCUGAGCAUACAAGCAUGCCAGAUCAAGGCCGCCGACUCCCUGUACCUCCACACCAUGGAGAGGCCACAUUUACACCAGCAAGUGGAAGACAGCAAGAAGGAUUCUGACUCGGGAGUUGGAAGUGAUAAUGGAGAUAAGCGAUUAUCUGCCACGGAGCCUUCUGAUGAAGAUGCCGUCAGCCUCAACGUGCCAAUGUCAAAUAUCAUGGAAGAAGAGCAGGUCGUCAGGGAGGACGUGUGCCAUCGCCUUGCCCCUGCUGCAGAGAAAUUUCAUCAGGAAUUUCAGCCAGAGCCUUCCCUCUUGGGUGACAACAGCAGCGCAGGACAAGAAAGAGACCAGUUUGCUGAUGGAGCAGGUGUUCUCCACUCGGGAUUUAUGAACUAUAUUAAGGACAGGGCAGGAGAUUGUGAAGAACUGUUACGGAUAGAAGAGGAUGCCCACUGGCCAACAGAGGGAUUACUAAAUUCACCCAAAGAUCAAGACAUGGAUAUAGCAAUGAUUCAGCAGCUGAGAGAAGCAGUAGAUUUACUGCAAGAUCCCAACGGAUUAAACGCAGAUAUGACAGAAAGAAGCAUUUUAAAUCUGUAUCCUAUGGGAACCGCUGAAGACUUAGCAUUACCAGAUUCUGCACUAAAUGGUCAAAUAGAGCUGGAGACAUCUCCAAUGUGUGAGGUGCAAAAUGACUUAACAUUGCAGAGUAAUGGAAGCCAGUAUUCUCCAGAUGAGAUGAGAGCGAGCUCUCCCACAGUCUCUCCCACUGUCAACAGCACAGCUCCUUUUGGCCUGAAGCCUCGAUCAGACCCAGCCCUCAUUCUCCCUCCUAUCUCCUUCAACAAACUUACACAGGCACAAACAUGGGACAACUCUAGCUACAGUGUUCCAUCUGAAGGAGACAGUGACAAUGUGUUUCUAAGACCUCAAAGAAACCUAGAAUCUAUAGACCCACAAUUCACUAUUCGAAGAAAAAUGGAACAGUUACGAGAAGAAAAAGAGCUGGUGGAACAACUCCGUGAGAGCAUCGAGAUGAGACUGAAGGUCACGCUUCACGAAGACUUGGGCGCGGCGCUCAUGGACGGCGUUGUGCUCUGCCACCUGGUCAACCAUAUCCGCCCGCGGUCUGUUGCAAGCAUCCAUGUGCCCUCCCCGGCGGUUCCCAAACUUAGCAUGGCUAAAUGCAGAAGAAAUGUGGAAAACUUUUUAGAAGCAUGCCGAAAACUAGGAGUACCAGAGGCUGACCUCUGCUCUCCGUUUGACAUCCUGCACUUGGAUUUUCGUCACAUUCGAAAGACUGUUGACACUCUGCUGGCCCUCGGGGAGAAACCCCCACAAUCAACUUCUGCCCUCCGCUCCAGGGACCUUAUAGGCUUUUGUCUUGUCCAUGUUCUCUUUAUAGCGCUGAUCUAUGUCACUUACCGCUGGAAUGCGCUGGCCACCUAACAUCUGCAUGUGCACCCGAACGCUCUGCUCUGGCACCUGGUGCAUUACAGGUCCUUGCUCCAUUUGAGCCUUGCCUUGCGUACUCCUGUCCCUGUCAUCUCUUCAGUUCUCUCUCGAGUUUUGAAGUAAAAUAUUUAUAAACCAGAUUUUUCCAGAAGCACAAACUUUGUAGAAUGCAGUUUACAUUCUGUAAUUUAUCUUCCUCUCUGAAAAACAAUGACAAAAUAUGCCCACACCUCAUGCACUGUCCGCCAGUGACAGCAGCACUGCCGUACAGGCCCUCUUCUCUGGCCUACCAGCUUCUGUUGCCCUGGGCAAGGAAAAGAGAGCCCCAGGACAGAAGCUGGAGAUUUAGCACAUGGAAACCAUAGAACUUAACUCUAUUACUUAUUUAGGGCUGGGCCUUUGAGCUUUAGAGGAGUUACCUUGCAAAGGAGGCAAGAAACUAACAUGUCCCAGUAUGACCUAAUAAACUCUUAAUGUUGACCAAAUUGAAAGUAUGAUCUGAAGGAUGACUGACUGCUCGCUGGCUAUUUAGUUGGAUUCUUCCUGGUCUCCUACAAAGGGAGCACUUAGGAGGACCAGGAGGGUCACUGCUGCCUGCUUCCUGAGCCCUGAGCAAAUCCUCUGCCCUAGGCAGGAGCACUCCAACAAAGGAAGAGCCUUCCUGUUAGAGUGUUUCCUGGAGGAGUUGCUUGCACACCCAUUUCUGUAUACUCGUGCUUCUUCCUUGGUAGGCCUACCCUAAGAACCUAAGUAAAGCAUUUUCCAGAAGGGAUUUCUGCUUCUGAAUAAUGUAAUGGAUCAUUUUGCUUUUUACUGCAUCACAUAAUUACUUCAGGUCCAGAAUGCAAUGGACUGUAUUCAUUUUCAAGUAAAGCCAUGAGUCAUGGAACAUUCUUGGUCCCGGGCUUCAGUUACUAUGACGGGAACCAACAAUAUGGUUGUUCUUAUUUUAGAAAAAUGUACUUUCCCUAAUUACUUGAAAUUUCCAUGUAAUCUUUGAUUUCCAGUGAUACCAGCCAGCAAACUGCUUUAUUU